AUGCAAUUCACUACUCUCAUCAACGUCGCACUCUUUGUGACUGGCAGCCUUGGCUAUGCCAACAACUGCAAAGGCUCGAGCAACUCUCCUAGCAUCACCGAUUGCCAGGAGGCUAUCCGAAGGAUUGACGAGGGUAAAGACUACGGUGAUGGGUCUGAAUUCUCGGUUGGAAACUGCUACAUGGUCUAUGCCACCAACGGUGCCGGAGAACACAAGCUCGACGGCAAGACCAUUCGUAACACCGCACAAUCGAUCCUGGACUCCUGUGGCCACCACAAGGGAAGCUACGGCACCAACAACGACUGCGACUCUUGCCACGUCACCAUCAACUAUAGAGCCCCUUAG